AUGGACAACAACAGUGUUAUGGUUACCAUUAAGGAGCUGCUUGCUCAUCGACCGAAUGCAAACAAGGGCAUCCUCUUCUGCUGCACUUUUUGCGAGCACCGAUGCGACUCGCACAGACUCAUUUCACUGCACUUGUAUAAUCAUCACCUUGAGGCCGUGGUCGACCUGUGUAGGCAGCACAAGUUUGCUCCCCCACUGUGCCAUGCUGCGAGCUUCGUCGCACCUUCUUUUUGCUUCAGUAAGCGAAAGAAAAUUCCCAAACCCACAGUGCCCAGGUCCCCUGAUCUUACAGACUGUGCUAGCUCUUCAUCUGUUCUGACAUCGGUUACCUUUGAGGGUAGUGAUUCCGACCCCUGCGUGGCUGACGUCCUCUCUGUGCACGGCAGCCCCACUUAUUCGGCUGUUUUUUCUUCUGACGACUGCCUCAGUCCCACUAUGAGUCCCACUGCUCCGACCAAUCCUGGACCGCUGACCUUUUCUGGCUGCUUGUCUAAUUCAGCCAUCUCUACCUCCCCCUUUAGGGCAAGCUGCCCUCCACCCGCAAUGGUACAGCAUUCACCGGCGGACGACCCCAUAAGCAUGGAUGUACCUGCCAACGACAGCGCCCCCUACUUAUUCAUGGUAGACGAUCCCCCUAACUUUAUAGAGGAUAUACCUACCAGUGAUGCUGUGACUACUGCAAGCUGCCAUCACUGCACGAGGCUGUUCAAAAAUCAUGGCUCCCUCGCUAACCACCUGCUCGAGGUUGGAAUCAACGGCACUGCAUUUGAUGAUGUGCUACCAACGCACAAGCUCGUACGAUGUCUGUCGCCUCCAGCCCUGGUUAAGCCUAGUGGUUCUGUCUCCACCUCCUCGUGUCCAUCUCCUCCAACACUUAGGCCCUUCAAGGGUGGUCAACCCAAGCUCAUCGACUUGGAUGUCGACUUUCCACCAUUGCCACCAGCCGCUGUUAAGAGGUUCGGAUGUCAGCAAUGCGGGGUCAGUUUCCUCUCUCUCAGGGACCUCGAGACUCACCUGGAUGUUACUCACAUCUAUCCAAUCUUGCCAACAUCCAACUCCCCACCUACUCUGGAUCGUAGGGCUGACCAGUGCCUCAACAAACCAUCCACGAGUGGCCUUAACACCGACCGCCACUCAGGGGACGACUUCCUGUUUCCAGGUGAACAACGCAGGAUCCACA